AAAAUUUUUUUUCCCCAAUUUUAACUACUACUACUGUGCCUCCCCCCUGCUCUCAACAACAAAGCGCCGGAACUUUCUUCCCCGCGAGAUCGUAUCUCAGUCGUAUAAAGUGGUGGUGGAGCAGGACGGAAAGACAACGGAGUUGGAGGUCGAACCGGACGAGACAAUUUUGGCUAAGGAGCUUGAGUCAGGAAUUGACGUGCCGUACGACUGCAACCUUGGUGUUUGUAUGACCUGCCCGGCGAAGCUCGUGACUGGAACAGUGGCUACGCGCUUCUAUGCCCGUCAUAUCCAACUUCGGAUUGUCACAUUAAGAUGA